AUGGAGGCCCGGCUCCUCCUCGGGGCGCUGCUGUGCGCCUGGCUGCCACCGGCCCUGUCUCCAUGGGGCGCCCGGGCGCAGCUCCCCGUCGGCGGGGACCUACCGCUGCCCAGCCGAGGCAGCGCCGCGGGACCUCGGAGAGGGGACGGCUUUGCCGCGGCGACGCCGGCGUCUGGAGUGGCACUUUCUAAUGCUUCAUCUACUGCGAUAUCCUUAUCUCAGAACAGGAGACUUCACAGUAUGAAAUGUGGACCAUCUAAUUUGUUUACAUGCUUUAAUGGAGGUGAGUGUGUCUACAGAGAGAUGUGUAACUGCAGCAGAUUUAAUGCAACUGGACCAAGAUGCCAAACAGUGUAUAAUACAGGUGCUGAAAGAGAUCAUAUAUGCAGAACAUGGGGUCAAUAUAAUUUUGAGACUUUUGAUGGACUCUAUUACUAUUUUUCUGGGAAAUCUACAUAUGCGCUUGUGAGACAUGCUGAACUAGGUGAACAGAGUUUUUCCAUACAGGUGAAUAAUGAUCCUGAGUGCCAUUCUUCUCCUUACUCUUGCAAAAGGUCCAUUAGCUUGUUCUUUUCUGGAGAUGAACAGAUAAAGAUGAGCAGUGAAGUGACCUAUAAAGGAUUUGGAGUACAGUUACCUUAUAUUAUUGGAAACCUCCACAUCCAGAAGCUAGCUGGAUACUUCCUAGUCAGGCACCAGUAUGCCUUUACUCUGGCUUGGGAUGGUAAGUCUGCAGUGUAUAUCAAAAUGGCACCAGAGUAUCUGGGCAAAACUCAUGGACUGUGUGGAAACAAUAAUGCUAUCCUGCAGGAUGACCUUGAAACUAGUUAUGGAAAACUGACAGAUGAUGUAACAGAAUUCGUAGAGAGCUGGCAGGAAAGUCCUCCAGAAGGAACACCCAAUUGGGAUAAAUCUCUUCUUAAUGAACCACCCUGUCUGACACAAAGCCAUGAAUCUCUACAGAGGGCAUACACUCUGUGUAAUAUCCUGUUACAUCCCCCAUUUGAACAAUGUCAUGAAUAUGUGAGUCCUGUUCCUUUUAUGGCAAGCUGCACUAAUGACCUUUGCAUGUCAGCAGUUGAUAAUGCAACUUGGUGUCGAGCAUUAACUGAAUAUGCCAGAGCAUGUGCCCAAGCAGGAAAGCCGCUUCAUGGAUGGCGAAUGGACUUUCAGCAGUGUGUGAUUACCUGUGCUGAACCCUUGACUUACAACGAAUGCAUCAACUGUUGCCCUGUUUCAUGUCAUCAACAGUCACAGUGCAUUGGCAGUGAGCUUCCCUGCAUUGAUGGAUGCUACUGUCCAGAUGGCUUAAUUUAUGAAAACGAAUUGUGUGUCAAGCCUAUGGACUGUCCUUGUGACUACCAUGGAAGCUUCUUUGAAAUGGGUUCAGUGGUUUAUGAGGAAUGUAAUAACUGCACUUGCAUUGGAGGAAAGUGGAUUUGUACAAAUCUAACGUGUCCAGCUGAAUGCUCAGUUUCAGGAGACAUUCAUUUCAUGACCUUUGAUGGGCGCAAAUACACUUUUCAAGCUACCUGCCAAUAUAUUCUAGCAAAAAGCCGUACAUCUGGAGCGUUUACUAUAUCCUUGCAAAAUGCUCCUUGUGGACAGAAUGAGGAUGGAUCAUGUAUCCAAUCAAUCAGCCUUAUUCUUAAGCAGGAUCCCAAGAGGCAAGUGACCCUGACUCAUUCAGGACAUGUUUUGGUAUAUGACCAAUACAAAAUUAACCUCCCUUAUGCAGAUGAGUUAUUUGAAAUACGGAAACUGUCCUCUGUAUUUCUUCAAGUAAAGACACACAUUGGAUUACAAAUACUCUAUGACAGAGAAGGACUGAGGCUUUACCUUCAAGCAGAUGGACGAUGGAAAGAUGAUACUGUGGGCCUUUGUGGAACCUUCAAUGGAAAUAUGGAGGAUGACUUUUUAUCUCCAGUUGGUGUAACUGAAAGCACUCCAGAGCUGUUUGGAAAUACAUGGAAAACUUCAUCAGCGUGCAUUCUUGUGCAUGAUGGUAUGCAAAUGGAUCCGUGUGAUAUUCAUCUGCAGGCAGCCUCUUAUGCAGCGGAAGCUUGUAGCAUCCUUACAAAAGAACUUUUUGCUCCAUGCUACCCCUAUUUGAGUCCCGUUCCCUACUUUGAGCAGUGCAGAAGAGAUACCUGCAAAUGUGGACAGAUUUGUUUUUGCUCUGCUCUGGCCCAUUAUGCUCAUCAUUGCAGAAGAUUUGGAGUCAUAAUAGAUUUCAGAGGAGGUGUCCCAGACUGUGCUCUUUCAUGUGAAGGUACAAAGGAGUACAGUACUUGUGUAUCUACCUGUGGCAGAACCUGCCAAGCACUGUCUGUGCCAGAGACAUGCAGCAGUGAUUGUGUUGAAGGUUGUGCUUGUCCCUCUGGAAUGUAUUUGAAUUCCAAGACUGAACAAUGUGUACAGAGAAAUGAAUGCCCAUGUUAUUUUCAAGGAAUUGACUAUCCCCCUGGAGAAAAUGUUAUGACAUCUUUGGGCAAAUGCCAUUGCAGGGAUGGAGUAAUGAAUUGUGAUAACAACAUAAUAGCACAUAGUUGCCCGCUUGGACAGAUUUAUAUUAACUGCAGUAAUCCAGAACUUGAUCCUGAACUCAGCAGAGAGAGAACUUGUGAGAAUCAGCUGCUAAACCUCACUUUCUCAGCACACCUUCCUUGUGUUUCAGGUUGUGUCUGCCCACCAGGUCUUGUUAAACAUGGGGAUGUGUGCUUGCAAGCAAAUGAAUGUCCCUGUUCGUGGAAAGGAAAGGAAUAUUUUCCAGGUGACAAAGUAAUUUCUUCUUGUCAUACAUGUGUUUGCCAACAUGGAUCAUUUCAAUGCACCUUCCAUCCUUGCCCAUCAAUGUGUACUGCGUAUGGGGAUCGGCAUUACAGAACAUUUGAUGGACUAACAUUUGACUUUGUUGGAACUUGUAAGGUGUACCUAGUUAAGGGUACUUCUUCAACCAGUUUUUCUAUUAUUUUAGAGAAUAUUAACUGCUUUAAUACUGGAAUAAUUUGCAGAAAAAACCUUUUCAUUACUAUUGGAAAAUCUUUAUUAAUAUUUGAUGAUGAAACUGGAAAUCCAAGCUUAUCUAGUUACAUAGAUGAACUACAAAAAAUACAGUUAUGGAAAGCUGGGUUUUUCUCUGUUGUUCAUUUUCCUGAUGAGCACAUCACCAUUCUUUGGGAUCAGAGAACAACAGUUCAUGUACAGAUGGGUCAUCAGUGGCAGGGUCAAUUGACUGGAUUAUGUGGAAAUUUUGAUCUGAAGACAGUAAAUGAACUGAGGACUCCAGAUAACUUUGAAUUAACAAACUCACAAGAGUUUGGAAACAGCUGGGCAGCUGUAGAGUGUGUUGACAGCUCUGACGUUCGAAAUCCAUGCAGUUUGAAUCCCCUUAGAGAGCCAUUUGCCAAGAAGGAAUGUGGAAUACUGUUAAGUGAAGCCUUUGAAGCUUGCCAUCCAGUGAUUGAUGUCACCUGGUUUUACUCAAACUGCUUGACAGAUACCUGUGGUUGUAACCAAGGAGGUGACUGUGAGUGUUUCUGUACAAGUGUUUCAGCAUAUGCCCAUCAGUGCUGCCAGCAUGGAGUUGCUGUAGACUGGAGGUCCCCUAGAGUGUGUCCUUAUGAUUGUGAAUAUUUCAACAAAGCUCUGGGAAAGGGCCCGUACAAACUGGUCAGCUAUUUGGAUGGAGAGUUUGUAAUGGCAGUUAAACUGAUGGAUGGUGUUGUUUUCCCAGUGAGAGAAGAUGAUGUUGUUCCUGGACAUACAGUGAGCUUUAUGCUGACUUCAGGACUUUAUCAACCCAAAGCUCAUGAUUCCAACUUGAUUUCAUUUGAAACAGCUGAAAGACCAAACUAUUUUCUUCAGUUGACCUCCAAUAAUACUCUUGUUCUUUCUAAAUGGGAAAAAAGUGAAGAGUUUCACAACAGAUCUACAUAUGUCAUUCACAAGAAUACAUGGAUUUCAGGAUACAGUUCCUUUGAGUCAUUUGCAAAACCAGGAUACUUCAUCCACGUUUCAGCCUCUUCAGUUGAGCUUUUGAAGUACCAUCAUUCAGAGGAGUUCAGACUGUCAACCCUCUUUAAAAUUGUAGAUGUCAAAUUUAGAUUUCUAUCCCAUUCUGCAUGUGAAUGGCAUUAUGAUGCCUGUACAAGCCCUUGUUUCAAGACAUGCAGGGACCCUUUGGGAAAAAUCUGUCAGACAGUACCAAAAGUGGAAGGUUGCGUCCCUGCCUGUCCUCUCAAUAUGUUGCUGGAUGAAAUCACUCAGAGAUGCGUGUAUUUUGAAGACUGCAUUGAACCCUCAGAUGAUAGUCCACCUUUGCCACCCAGCUUUCAAGCACCAGCAGUUUCACACAUAACAUCAAGUACAAGUUUGGCAGCGAUCAGUGAAGCGGUAACUUCAUUUUCUGUACCUGAAGCAAAAGACGUGGAAACAACACUUUCUGCAAAACUGCAACUCACUGCAACUACAGGGAAAACUGAAUUUUCAGCUGUUACAUCUAAUACAACACUUCCAACCAUAACUUUAUCCUCAACUAUUUCUUCACAGUCAACAGAAAUGACACCUGGGAGAAGCACUACAGCAGUUUUCUGGACAACAAAAUCUAAUGUAAGCUUGUCUUCUGUUGACAGUUCGCCAUUGUUUCCACCUACUGUCAGUUCAGAAACUUCCACAAAGAUACAACUAAUCAGUAGUGGUUCCACUAAACUAUUGAGGGCUACAGAACCUCUGACAGUAACUGCUACACAUGCAGUGACUACUAGCACAGAAUCAGAAAGCAAACCAAUUUCUACUUUUAUUUUUACUGGGACACCACUUAUACUUAGAACAACAGAAAUGCCAGUCAAAACUAAAGUAAUGGAAAUAUCAGAAAUAUCCACAAGAACACUUCCCACAGAAGAAGCACAGGUAAAACCAGAAGGACUUACAACAUCUACACCCAGUUCAUUUGAACCAAUAACAGAAAAAACGACUGCAUAUUUGCCCCAGUUUUCCACAUCAGCACCCCUGGGCAUGCCUUUCUAUACAGCACUGGUAAACCGAACAGGAACUUCAGAAAGGACAAAAAUAAGCACAGGACAGUCUUCUACCACAGUAUCUAAUGUUACAGCAACAUCAUUUUCUCCUGUGAUCAGUACUUUGUCUUCGUUAAAACCAGUGUCCUCCACAACAACAAAAGCAGCAAUUGUUUUAACUGAACAAAGUGUGAAGACUAGAUUUUCACCAACAUCCACACCACCUAUUUCACUGGGAAAGGCAAUUACAGAACUUCCUAUUGAAAUAGUUCAACACCUGACUGGUACUGCAGAGGUACCUUUCACUACAACUCUAGGUCCAAAGACAACCACUCUGCAAACUCAAGAGGGAUUAUCAGAAACAACUUUGUUAUCGUUUACAACUUAUAAAAAGAUAAGUCCCAAAACAACAUCUCGCGUGGAGCAUACAUCAAGGUCCUAUUUCCCUCCAUAUUCACUACAUCCUAGUUCUACAACUGAAAAAUCCCUUACUCUUUCUACAAAAAAACCUUCAGUGUCUGUUCCUACUCCUGCUUCUCCAGCUUCAGGUGAAUUAAAAAAAACAUUCAAAACUCUUUCAACGACAGGCUAUCCCUCAUACAUAGUUCUAAACACAACGGAGUUCCUGACUACCUUAUACACUAAAUAUCCCCUUGUGGCUGAGACUAUCAGAGUGACUCCUUUGUCUGUUGAGGUAACAUCCAAAAUAACAUCCCCUUUUGAAUUAGCAGCCAGGUCAACUCUGUUUUCUGGAAAAACAUCUGCUGGGUACAAGGCAACUCUGGUUUCAAGUACAGAGAAGACAAGCUCUUCAGCAUAUUCAAGUAGUGUUACCACAUCAGCAAUGAAAACCUCUAUCUCAUCAGAAGAAACCACCACAGUUCCUUUCAUAGCUACAGAGAGACAGUCAGCUCAAAGAACAUCCAUCACUGGAUCUCCACUUACUUUCCUUAGUGCAACUGAAACCACAUUGCUGACAACACAACCUGAUAAAUCACAAGUGGAAAGAAUUACUAGCAUCUCUACUAGAAAGCCAUCUGCUUUCCCUCCUUCACCAUCAAGUUCUCUAAUCUCUUUAAACAUUUCUUUUCCUUCGCUGCCCUCAUACGGAAAAGAAGUAUCACUGACAGCUCUCAGUCCUGUGCAUACAUCCCAUGAAACGAUCCCUCUAUAUCCAAUAACAAAGUCAUCUUACACUUUCUCCACCUCUCAGUAUCUAGCAGAUAAAUCGUUUUCUUCACCUUUGUUAGUGCAAAUUAUACCGGAAGUAACAACCACACCAAAAUAUCCAGUAGAAACUAGAAAAGUUUCUACAGCAUUGAAAUCUACAGUUCAAAGUAUAACAGAUACAGUAAAACUUACAGCAGCGACAGCUCAGCCAUCCUUUCCUCCAUCUUCAGAAGGCUCCUUCUCUUGGGAAACAUCUUCAGGAGAUAAAAUUUCAGUACAGACCACAAAGACCAUGGCUAUGCCACAUUUUUCUACUCAGAAGGCUAUGGAACCUGGUCAUCAGACUUCUGAGCCUUCAUUGACAAGCCAAAGCAGUACCCCAAUUUAUCAGUAUCCUGCAGAAACACUAACAAAAUCCACUGGUCAGCCACAACGUGUCUUUGGCACAACUGAAGCUACAGUAGAAUUGACUUCCUCAUACCCCUUAAUCACCUCGCUAACUGAAAGCAUUCAUUCAAGUAUAUUACCUACCUCAGUAGGUUCUACACAAGUUAUUUUACCAACUGAAAGAGAGUUGCAUUUAACUGAUUCAGUCAUGCAGCCAUAUGUAUCAGGAACUUCUGUUUUGCAGUCUGCUGUCCCGACUAGAACAACAUCGGACUGGAUUUUUGGCACCAGAAUUCUCCCGUCCUCUUCUUUAGCAGUGACUAAAAAAGAAGCAUUUUCUUCAUUUUCCACACAAAAGGCAGUUACUGGUCUGAAAUACACAUGGCAGGCCUUGUUUACUGAAUCACUUGAUUCAAGUCAAACACUUGAAACAGCUACAGCUUCACCAGAAUCUAAGUCAACCUCUUCAUCGGUUUUGUUACCAGAAACAACAGGAAUUCCCAUGGUGAUGGGGAGUGGGCCAUUCACAUCAACGGGCAAAGGUGGUACAGAGAAAACUGCAGUAUUGCCUAAGCAAGUCACUCUUUCAACCACUACCUACAGUCCCACAUUUCUAGCAAGUACGGUGUUGUCGGCUAUGGCCCGUUCAUCCGCUGCAGCUUCAGCCUCUUCGAUGAUAAGCAGCACUGGGCAAAAUAUUAGUAUUGGGUCAGCAACUUCAGGUAAAGUAGAAGCAGUAAUGGAAUCCAUCACAAGCUCUGUGAAGCCCACCUAUUUUUCUGUUUCUUCAGAAGCAAAAGGAGCCAUGCCCCUCGAUACAGUAAAAUCUGAAGAGCCAGAAUUAACAUCAGAAGUCCAAACCAUCCAUUCUCAAGGUGUUAGCGUUACCCCAGAAACACGUCAGACAUUUUACUCUCCGUAUUUCACAAACACAACUGCAGUUCCUUCUAAUGUAAGUGUUUCAGGACUGUCCACUACAUAUUCAUCCUCUGAACCAAAACUUUUUUCUUCUAUAGCUGCAUCAUCGGUCAGUACUACUCAAACUUCAAAACUUGAAAUAUCAUCUGAGGUGCAAACGCCUUCUGUGAGUUCACUGCUAGCGAUAGCUGACCAUCCAAAUGACACAUCAGUUUCCUCAUUUGCCUAUUUAUCUACUAAACCACUUUAUGGCUUGACUACAACAUUUUCUGAUGGACUGGCAACAGCUGAAGCCAUGUCAGGAGUCACAGCAUCAGCUUUUAUGCUGCCUAGAGAAACAGCAACUCUUCAAACUUGUACACCAAUCACAGAGAAUGAGUGCAUAAAACAUAUUUGCUUGGAUGGACAACUGAUCCAAGUUAAUAAGUCGCAAAACUGCCCAUACAAUGCAACUCAACCCAGCUGUGGAGUUCUAGGAUUUGCUACACAAGUGAAUGGUGACAAAUGCUGCCCAAAGUGGGAAUGUGCAUGUCGUUGCACAAUUUUCUCUGAUCUGAGCGUUGUAACCUAUGAUGGAAAUCAUUUGGCUUUAUUCAAAGAAGCAUCCUAUGUUGUUAGUCAAACUCGAGAUGAAACUAUAACCAUCGAUGUCCUUGACUGUAGAAUGAGUAAUUCAAAUUCAACUUCUUUGUGCCUGGCAACGUUGAAUUUGACCUAUGUAUCAAACCAAAUUAUUAUCAAUCGUUUAAGUAGAAAAAUAACAAUAAAUUCGAGAUUUGCUUGGCCUACUGUUAGAAAAUAUGGGUACAAAGUUGAGGAUUCAGGCUUCAAGUACGCAGUUGAGACCCCAACAAAAAUCAGAAUUCAGUGGUUUCACAACACAGGCGUGAUGAUUGUUGAGUUUAAUAGUACCGGAGAACCAAGAGCUUUGGGACUAUGUGGUUUUUGUGAUAGAAGCUUGGAAAAUGACCUGAUGCUACCCAACAGGACAAUUUUAAGCAAAAGUGAUGCUCCAUCGACUUUUAUAGACAGCUGGCAAGUGCCAGACACGUUAAAGUAUGUUGGAGAAGACAGGCAUCAGGAAACUAAUUGCUCAGUCAUGGACUGCUCAGAGUGCUUAAGACUGGUGUUGAACCAGACCUUCAGCAGCUGUCAUCCUUAUGUUCCUCCUGAGCUGUUCUGUAAUAUAUGGGUUCAAGACACUGAGUACAUUCAAAAUCCAUGCAUUUCGCUAGCUGCCUAUGUGGCAAUGUGCAACAAAUUUAAUAUUUGUAUUGAAUGGAGGAGCUCUGAUUACUGCCCCUUCCCCUGCUCUGAAAACUUCUCCUAUCAGGCUUGUAUAGCUGCCUGCGAGGUUGCUGAUAGUUGUCAGAAUAAUGAGGUUGCUUCUCUGGACUCAGACUCCUGCUCAGUGUUGACGGAAGGCUGCGUCUGUGCUGGAGGGACCAUCCUUCACCGAGCCCAUAAUGCUGUCUGUAUUCCUGAAGAAAAAUGUGCUUGUACAGACAGCUCAGGAGCACCGCGUGCAGUAGGUGAGGUCUGGAAAGCUUCAUUGAGUGGAUGCUGUAUGCAAAAAUGUGUUGACAGUGAGACCAUUAUUCCAGUGGAGUACAACUGUUCUGAUAUCCACAAUUCAGACUGUCAGCGAUUUGCCGAAGUGGCCUUGCUUGUUCCUGGUGAUCAGACAUGUUGUCCUCAGAAGAUCUGCAUUUGUAAUCAGAGCCUCUGUGAACCCCUAAUCCCUGAGUGUAAUGGCUUGGAAAAACUGGUCACUUACUACAGUGAAGAAUCCUGUUGUCCAAACUACGUUUGUGAAUGUGAUCCAGCAAAAUGUGAACCAAUGGAGCAGAUGCCAAGCUGUCAAGCUGAUCAAACACUAAUUGCUGCGCGGGUGGAGAGUACCUGCUGCAUUUCCUAUAUAUGUGCAUGCGGGGCUUGCUCUGAUCAAAUACCAAAAUGUCAAGAAGGAGAAGUUCUUAUUGUGGAUAGCAACACUACAGACAGGUGUUGCCCUGCAUACCAGUGUAUUUGUGAAAUACAUCGUUGUCCUGAAUUCAAAUGUAUGCUAGGCAUGUCUUUGGUGGAGUUAUGGAGCCCAGAGAAGUGCUGCCCCUUUCGGACAUGUGAAUGUGCAUGUGAAACAAUCCCCAAACCUCAGUGCAAACUGGGGCAGAAACUUCAUAUAGAUGAAGAGUUCCAGAACAGCACAGAAAAUAUCUGUAACUGUGUUAAGCACAAAUGUGUGAGAGACAAAGUUUGCCUGAGUAAUGAGAGAGGAGUGCUGCUUCCUGGACAGACAAUUGUGGAACACAGUGCAGAUGGCAUUUGCCAUAUUUCUUCUUGUACAAAUGUGAUUGAUCCCUCCACUAAAUACUACCGAAUAAACAUGUCUUCAAUAGACUGUGCUGUCAAGUGCAAAGCUAACCAAGUCUAUCAGCCUCCAAAAGAUUUAACAACUUGCUGUGGUAGCUGUAAGAACUUGUCUUGUCUCCACACUUUCAGUAAUGGCACAGUUUCCAAUUUUAAGCCUGGUACUGUUUGGAUUUCAAACUGCAUCAGAUACGAAUGCAUUAACACAGCAAUAGGGCCAGUUCUGGUUUCCUCUUCAGUUGGCUGCCCACCUUUUAAUGAAACUGAAUGUGUGAAGGUUGGAGGCUAUGUUGUACCAUUCUUAGAAGGAUGCUGCAAAACAUGUAAGGAAGAUGGAAAAUUCUGUAAAAAGGUGACUGUUAGGAUGACUAUCCGCAAGAACGACUGCAGGAGUAACACACCAGUGAACAUUGUUUCGUGCGAUGGGAAGUGCCCGUCUGCAAGCAUUUACAACUACAACAUCAACACAUACGCAAGAUUCUGCAAAUGCUGCAGGGAGCUCGGACUACAGAGGCGAAUUGUGCAAUUGUAUUGCACUAGUAAUUCAACCUGGGUCAGCUAUUCAAUCCAAGAGCCUACAGAUUGUUCUUGCCAAUGGUCUUAAAAAAAAAACACGUAGUUGCAGAGAAAACAGCAAGCCCAGCUGUUCCCAGCAUAAGAUAAUUUGAAUAGUUUAUCUAUUAAAAAUACAAUACCCAAUGCACUGAAUUUUCCCAGUUUAAGGCUAAAAGAUAACAAAAAUAUUUUUGGACUCUUCUAAAUUUCUAAAGAAUGGCUUUGCAUCAUUUCUAUUGUGAUUUGUCUUCAUUUCACAGGGAUUGUUUUAAGGGUUCUUGAGAUAUGUGCCAACUUAAAAUGUGAAGUGAUUUACAUUAGAGACACCUCAAGAGAAAGCACACCAUCUGUUUUGUUCUGGAAGGCUGGCCCACUCUUUGUCAGGCACCCACUCCUGUUUCAAAUCACUGAUGGGCUUACCUGGCAGCAGUUCACUAUUUUGAAUGCAUUGCAAUUGUGCAAAUACAUUCAGUGUCUAUUAAGAAAAAUUGUUUGGACAAUAUGAGAAGAAUUUUCAGUUUAAAUCAUAUUCCUAUUGCAAAGUAGAGCAUGUAUGAGAAAUUCAAUGAAAGAUUUCUUUUUUUAAUCAGGGUAACAUUGUCA